UAGCCAUGUAGCAGCGUCACCUCAUAGGAGUGUGAAUUUCUUUUUUAGUUAGUUGUGUCUCCGGAGCUCAACCACUAACACGAGAGCAGAAGGUCUAUACGAUAUCAUUAGGUUAGAAUUAAAACUAAGGUCCAAUUUCAUCAUGGAGAAACGUUUCCUUACCUUUGCCGCAACUCUAUUACUCUUAAUCAUUGGGAGAAGAGCUUGGACUCUGAGCUGUCUCCAGUGUGAUAAAUCCACCUGUAAAAACCAUUCAAAAAACUGCAGUGUUGGUUUCACUGACGACGCUUGUGGCUGUUGCAAAGUUUGCGCUAAGGCGGAAGGAGAGCCUUGUGGCGGAGAGUGGAAUAAGGAAGGUUUUUGCGGCUCUCGUCUUACUUGUGUCCACGAAAUACCUGAUAAUGAGGAUCCCGAAUGGUUUAAACUUAAUAAUCCAGGAACAUGUAGACCAGUAGCAGGAAAAGGGGAUCAAACAUGAGACGUUAUAGCACUAUUCUUAUUAUUUCAAUCCGACUGCAAGUGAAAAAGGAUAUAACAUAUAUUUCUGAAUCUAUAUUGCACCUUUUAAUCGGAACAUUUGCAGCCAAAUAAAGUUUAUGUUUUCUCAAGCUAACAAAUGAUACACACAUGUACGGAAAGGAUGUUAAUGAA